AUGUUCAAUUUCACGCCCUUACUCGGGGCUCAAAGCAACUCGCGAGCCUCGCAGUCGAUCCUCGAGCUGGACGGCGGAGUCAAAAUCCUCGUGGACGUCGGUUGGGACGAAAGAUUCGAUACUCGUCAGCUAGCCGAGAUAGAAAAACAUGCCUCAACCCUGUCAUUUAUUCUUCUCACUCAUGCUACAACUGCUCACAUUGGUGCCUUUGCACAUUGCUGCAAGCACAUCCCCAUCUUCUCUCAGAUCCCUGUCUACGCCACGCCGCCAGUGAUUGCGUUCGGUCGUACCCUCCUGCAAGACCUCUAUUCUUCUACGCCUCUAGCUGCCACCUUCAUCCCGGGCUCGGGCUCUCCGGACGACGAUUCCAGUGUCGACGACAAGUCACGCUCGAAUAUCCUACGACAAGCUCCUACAUUCGAAGAGAUCAACAAGUACUUCACCCUCAUCACUCCGUUGAAAUAUUCGCAGCCUCAUCAACCCACCCCUUCACACUUCUCCGCGCCUGUCGAAGGGCUUACCUUGACUGCAUACAACUCGGGACACACUCUCGGCGGAACAAUAUGGCAUAUACAAUAUGGCAUGGAGUCCAUAGUAUAUGCGGUGGACUGGAAUCAAGCAAGAGAGAAUGUCAUAGCUGGGGCUGCAUGGUUCGGCGGAGUUGGAGGCGCAGAGGUAAUCGAACAACUGCGCAAGCCUACUGCACUCGUCUGCAGCAGUGUCGGCGCUGCUAGGGAGGCGUUGGCGGGUGGCCGCCGGGCUAGGGAUGAAGCUCUACUCUCCCACAUCAAAAGCAGCAUCGCUAAGGGAGGUACCGUUCUGAUACCAACGGACUCGAGUGCGCGCGUGCUUGAAUUGGCAUGGAUUCUGGAAAAGGCGUGGACUGAUCCUUCACUCAAAAACGCCAAGAUGUAUAUGGCGAGUAGGUCUGCAAAUGCAACACUGCGGCACGCGAGGAGCUUGCUGGAGUGGAUGGAUGACAGUAUUGUCAGAGAAUUCGAAGGAGAAGACGAGAACCAAACACAAAGCCACCGAAGAAGUGGGAGCAAGCAAACUAAUGGUACCGCCAAACCUUCCAGGCCGUUCGAAUUCCGGAAUGUCAAGAUUGUUGAACGAAAGAGUCAGCUCGAGAAGCUGUUCAAUACCGAAGGUCCUCGAGUGGUCCUUGCCAGCGAUUUGACCUUGGAUUGGGGUUUCUCUCGCUCUAUACUCGAAAACAUGGUGCAAAGACCGGAAAACCUUGUCAUUCUAACGGAAAAAGUCGACAUACGUCCUGGUUCUCAUAGCCCAAGCCAGGUCUUGUGGACAUGGUUUGAACAGCGGCAGGAUGGCGUCGCUCUCGAGAAAACCACGGACGGUGAGCAACUGGAGCAAGUACACAGCGGAGGAAGGAUGCUCAAGCUCAAGAAUGCGGAAAAGGCUUCCUUGAGCACUCAAGAGAGCCAGCGAUACCAGCAAUACAUGGCCACCCAGAGACAGAUUCAGGACUCUCUUGCUGCCAACGAACGAGACCAAGCCGGGGUGGACGACAACAUUGACGACGAAUCGAGCACCUCGUCCGAAGACGAGUCAGAGGACGAACAGCAGGGUCGUGUUCUGAACGUCUCUGCAGCACUUGGUCACGGGACUCGAAAUAAGCUCGCAUUGAGUGACGAAGAUCUGGGUAUCAACAUCCUGCUACGAAAGAAGGGAGUGUAUGACUAUGAUGUACGAAAUAAGAAAGGCAGGAAUGCGGUAUUUCCGUAUACACAUUCACGAAGACGUGGGGACGAGUUCGGAGACUUUAUUAAACCGGAAGACUUCCUGCGCGAGGAAGAAAAGGAAGAACAGGAAGGUCCAAGCGAUGGCAAGAUAGGCGGUCUACUGGGGCAAAAACGCAAAUGGGCGGAAACGGAGAACGCCAAAGACAAGGAACAAAAGCGACUACGCGGACGUGGACCGGGUGCCACUGCUGCCGCCGCCGAAUCUGGCGAGGAUUCCGACAGCGACGGUUCCGAGACUGAAAUACAGAUGGAAUCUGAAGGCAUGCAAGGCCCGGCGAAAGUUGUAUACUCCACAUCCGAAGUCACCGUCAAUGCCCGACUAGCAUUUGUUGACUUUGCAGGACUUCAUGAUCGUCGGAGUCUGCAGAUGUUGAUACCGCUGAUCGGGCCCAAGAAACUCAUCUUUACGGGCGGAAAUGCUUCGGACACUCUUGCCCUUGCAUCAGAUUGCAAAGAGCUUCUCGGCAUGAAGGUCGUUGGAGCAGAGGAGGAACCAUCAACCGAGAUCUUUGCUCCUCUCGAGGGUCAAUCCAUCGAUGCUAGUGUGGAUACAAAUGCUUGGGUAGUGAAGCUGAGCAGAGAACUUGCAAAGGCUUUGCACUGGCAGAACGUGAAAAAUAUGAGUGUCGUUACCAUUCAAGGACAGCUCAAAGCAGAAGGAGAGCAGACACCCGAUGUUCAGGAUGAUCCACAAUCGAAGAAACAGAAAUUGGACACACAGGGAACUCUUCAAACCGCACCUCAGUCAGGCAUUUCGGUACAACCAGUGCUUGAUGUUCUGCCUGCGCAUUUGGCUGCAUCGACGAGAUCAGUAUCUCAAGCCAUCCAUGUUGGAGAUUUGCGACUUGCUGAUCUGAGACGGAAAGUGGCCAUGGACGGCCAUGUGGCAGAGUUCCGAGGCGAAGGAACAUUGCUCGUGGACGGAAUGGUGGCAGUCAAGAAGCUCGGCAGCGGAAAGAUCAUUGUUGAAGGUGUCCCGAUCAGUGCAGCUUCCAUGACUCCGGGCACCGCGGACAACUUCACGCGAGUGAAGCAAAGAAUCUACGAAGGCCUCGCUGUUGUUGCGGCCGGAUAG